CCGAGAUCCCUCCAACCUUGACUCGCCUCCUCUCCUCCCCAGGAAGGAAGCCCAUCUCACCUCCCUUGUGCCGAUCCCCUUCUUCCUCCGCCAUCUUCCACCGAUCAUCUCCUGCAACCAAACCCGGAGCAUCCGAAGGGAGGAGGACGACGACGAACGCUGCCUUGAGAACGAGGAGCGAUGCACGUGUGAUCAGAGUGCACUCACGGCAGCUUUCGCCUAGCACCGAUGAUGCCGCCCGACGAUGGAAGAGCCCGUAACGCCUGCAUAUGGUUCGUCUCCUGUUUCUUCUUCCUCAUCCUUCUCGUCGGGGGAUCGCUCCUCGUGAUCUACAUCGUCCUGCCGGAAUCACAAGACACGUUCUGGUUCCCCAUCGCCGGCUUCGUCCUCGUCGGCAUCCCUUGGCUCUUCUGGAUCACCACCUGCAUCUACCGAUCCGUCAUGGCUCCCAAGUACGACAUCGAGAGGCCGCCCGUGAGGGCUGCCGCCGUCGCCCCGGCCGCUGCUGGUGCGGCCGCAGCCAGUGAUUCGCCUGUCAAUUCUCCCAGCGGCGGAGGCGGCGCCGCCGAUGCUACGCCAGGCGCGGCGCCAAGGGGACGAGACGUAGAUGGCGACGCGCGCGAUGACUCCUCUCUCAAUUCCCACGAGAGCGAGGAGCCGCUGGCUUCCUCCAUGUCUUGAGCUCGAUGGAGGUGGCCGCGCCGCUGCACCAGUUUUGCGAGCAAGAAGUUAGUCCCUUAGCGCAUGUAUCUGUUGUUGCCUGAUGCGGUGAAAUCUCCAUGAGACGAGGUAACGAUACACUGCAGAAUGCUGGUAGAUCACCAUGAGCUCUUCUUUGCUCAUCGAACCCCCGAAGAAGUGUUGCCUACAUCUGAACUGGUAGCUGAGACUUGCAUUUUUGCCAUCUUUCCUAAAACAGCAGCUACCUUGAAGAACGCCAUCAAUGGCAGAUACCUGAGACUCCACGAGGAGUGCAUUGUCAUACAGAGAACUCGGCCAUAAUUAAUCGAGGACUUAUUACCGAUCGGCAUGAUCUUCUUCGUUACAAGUUUAAAGCACACACCUUCUUUGUAGUGGAAAGGGGAGACUUAAUCGGCAUGU